AUGACUUCGUCGCUGGCCUCGGAGGAGCGCCCUACGCUCCCCGCUCCGGGGGAGGCAGCUGGGGACCCUUUCGUCGCCAACACACCUGGCGCUCCUCACCACCGAUUCUCCAGCUUCGACCACGAGCUCUUUGCUUCUGGGCCCGGGUCGUCUCCGACGCAGGCGAAACGCGCACUCGAGGCUCAUCUCGCCGAGACGGACCGCCGCCUUGACGAGGCGGGCAAGCUAGGCACAGCUCUUGUCUCCCAGCGUAAGGCGCUGGCAGAGCGCCUGCAAGAGGUAGAGAAGCUGCAGAAGGAAGGCGAGCUUGGCCCAGAUCUUCGCAAAAAGCUUGUCGAGAUCGAACGCGAGUUCAAUGACCUGGCACGGGAGUCGGCCCGGGUCUUUCUGCCCAAGCAGAGGAUCCCUAGCAAUGAGGCCAACCCAGGCUCUCCGUUUGUGCCGGAGGCGCGCAGCGGCAGACGCUCUGUCAGCCCUUCCAAGUUCGAGAGCCACGCGACUGGCUCGCCGACGAAGCUCAGUGUCCCGAACCGCAAGCUCAGAAAUCAACCCUCAAACCGCGUACACGAUAUAGAGUUUGCCGCAGAGAUUAGCACCUCGCUCAUCGCUCAAGUCCGCAGCCUGCAGACAUUGCUGUCAGAGCGCGAGGAGGAGGUCAAGACUCUGCAGACAGACAGGACCAAGCUGGAGAUCGAAUCCGAGAGCCUGCAGCAGCGCCUCAAGACUCUGGACGAGAGCGAGCACCGCUACAAAGAAGAGAACUGGAACUUGGAGACACGUCUGCAAGAAUACUCGUCACUGCAACGAGAGGCAGCUGAUCGCGAAAAGAAGCUGACACAAGCUUUGGGCUUGUCCAACGCUGAGAAGAAUACCGCCCAGAAAGAGCUCGACGAGGUUAAGUUGUCUCACGCCAAACUGGCUGAGGAGCACGCGGCCACCGUCAAGCAUCAUGACAUAGAACUCGGCACGGCGAAGCGCAGCAUGGUCAUGGCUGAGGGCGAGCGCUCCGCCAUGCAGCGCAAGAUUGACGACCUGACGAGCCAGAACCAGGAGCUCGCCAAGGCCUUCUCCCUUCAACGAGGAAGGGCCACGGAGCGUGAGCCUGCUUCAGGUUUGAGCGAUGAGGAGUUCGAUACCGCCGCCGAUAACAUCACCCCCGAGCACUCGCCUCCUCCAUCGCCCAUCAAGGGCACUCCGAGACACGCCAUGCUUGAGACGGAGACUAUUAAAACCUCGCUGCAGCACGCGCAACGAACGAUACAGAACCAGCGGAGCCAACUGCAUCGCGAGAAGACUGAAAAGCUUGAACUGCGUCGCAUCAUCCAGGAUCUCCGCGAUGAUCUUGAGAAGGCGCGCAAUGAUUCCGGCAGCGCCGCUACAUCAAGGAGGAGUCGCAAGGUGGACUCCAAGGAGUUCAAGAAGUCAAACCGCCUUCUCGGCAGCUUCCGGUCCAGCCGUCAAGAAAUUGUCGUGGACGACCCUGAAUGGGAGGACAACCCGGAAGUGUCUCCUGGCAGGUCAUCGGCGUCGACAAUUCCAAGCCAAGGCCAGCUUGCCACCAGUCGCACGGACACGAGCGAUCAAUUCGAGACGGCCAAUGAAGCGAGUGAAUCGGCUUUUGAGACUGCGAAUGAACGGGCUACCGAAACCGAGGAGUUCCAGACCGGGAACGAAGGGUUCUCGGACAGCGAUGACGAUGCGGCAACCGAGACAGAAAGCCCAAGCAGAGGGUUCGGCCGGAUGAGACAGCCGCCGAGCUUGCCGGCCGGCCUCGCUCGUCAUACCAACCGCAAUUCGUUCCAUAGCACAGCAUCGACGUCGGCCGACGAGGAUGAUGUCGCGGAACUGCGGACCCCGACAACGAGACUCUCGUCACAAAGAAGCCGCGUCCGUUUGACCCAUGGAUCUCUCUCUCGAAGCUCAAGGCAGACUAGCGAGGAGCCCAAUCUGCAGAGCAGCCCUGCAAGCUUCGCUAGCAUUGGUGCUGCUCAAGCUGGCCAAAGCCUUUUCGCGGAGCUGCAAGACUACGGGGGCAGCGACGAUGACUCUCUUAUCGGGACACCUAUGACUCGCCGCAGUGUUCGAUCAGGUACACCGGGCUCCGUUCGGCGCACGCUGUCGCCAGCGCCGGCCGUGCCCGAGCUUCCGAGAGUCAUCAUGGUGGACAGCGGUGUCAUGACAGACCCUGUCCGAAUCACCAGCGAGGUCUACACGGAGGCAUUACAGCGUCCCGUGUCCGUUCAGUCUGUCGUCAACGCGCCGCCCGGUCAGACGUCUGGGGUCUGGGGCACCAAUCGUGGCCUGGACGCCGACGUUUCCAGACCGUUGUCUACCCUUUCUUACAGCGACGCGGGCGCGCAAUACGAACACGACAUUGCCGAAAAGCUUGCGCAGUUCCCCGUGCCCCCUACGUCGCCGCCGCAAAUCCCGCCGACUCCGCCUGCCCUUGGGCUCUCCAUGAUUCGGUCCGAGGCCGUCGAGCCGCGAGAGGAGCCUGUUGUGCUCCCUACUCCGCCGUCUCUUCGCAUGUCGUCGCUUGCGAUGCAGCAAGUUGAGCCUGUGGCUGAGCCCGAGGUUCCAGCGCCAGUCCUUUCCCUCUCAAGUAUCGUUGCUCAAGGACUGUACCCCGUGAUGGAACCUGUGUCUCCACCUCCUGCGCUGACAAUGGCGCCAAUGCUCACGGAGGUUGUAGAGCCGGUUGCUGCUCCGCCGCCUUCCCUUACUUUCUCGACAAUCACCGCUGAAGCUGUCGAACCCAAGGCCGAACCGGAACCCUUGGCGCUCCCGCUCCCUCCAGUACCACAGCCACCCGUUCUCAGCAUAUCCUCAAUCAUGGCAGAGAAUGUUCAGCCCAUCAGCGAGCCAGAGGUUGUCAUCAGAGCGCCACCUCUCACCUUGUCAUCCAUCCAUGCAGAGGAGCUUCAGCCGCGGGAAGAGCCCAUUGUCGACCCCAUCCAGGCGCCCCUUUCUUUCUCGGGCAUCGCGACACAGCAUGUUGAACCAGUGUCUGAGCCGCAGCCCUCGCCUCCAGCCUUGACGUUGUCCUCAAUCGUCGCAGAGCACAUGCAUCCGGUUAUGGAGCCACCCCCGGUGCCGCCAGCCCUGGCUCUCUCCGCCAUAUCUGCCGAGUACGUCGAGCCGGUGAGCACCCCGCCGACACUACCAGCCUUGCCUAGCUUUGGCUUUUCUGGCAUCGAGUCGGUUGAGACACGUCCCAUGUCGCCACGCAGCCCCCGCAGGGACGGCUUUAUUCUUCCUCGAGAUGAGGCUUGUCACUUCACCGAGACCGGGAUGCCAAAGACACCUCCUAGCGCCAAGAUGCAUAGGGCUACUGGCGGGCGCAGCAACAGGAAUGACUCUCCUCUCAUUGCCGAAGACGAGACGCGUCAGUCGCCCAGGGAGGUGCCUGAAGUUAGUACCACGCCUGAGUCUCAACGGCCAUUUAAGGAAAUUUCGAGCAAUUCAGCCCUCCGACCCUCGCGAAAGCCGCCUGUUACUACUAGCGAUCAGGGUGCUCAAACAGCCUUGACGGCUGGAGCCAUAGACAAGCUGCUCGUGGACGGCACACGGGAGGCAAACAGACAUGUCAAGCAGGCGUCUGUCGAUUCCGUGCCAAGCCCAGAUACAACUGGGACAGUCAGGGUAUAUCGGUCACAGGAAAGCUUCGACAGCGUUGGUCGCGGGAACGCAAUCGACGAUGUGGCUUUCGAGGCGGUGCCACCAUUCAGACCUGGCAGUGCUGCCAGCGGCAAGGGAUCGAUUCAAGGAGCACCGCCACUGCCAUCCAACCACCGACAAGUCAUUGAUGCUGCGCGUUCAGGCUCCUCGCGCGGCCAACCUGGCGCAAUGGGACCACCGCUGUUCCCCGCGUCAGCCAUGAAGCAGCGGCCACAUACCCCUAGCAUGCAAAGGCCACCGUCAGCGACCUCCGGCCGCGGCACCCCGACUCCGCGCGUGAUUCAUGCCGGCUCUGUCGCAGGACAAGCCGGUCUCCAGUCGCCCACGAGGCUCACAGCACGAUCCAGGCAAUCCUCUGUAUCCUCCUUCGCUUCUGAGCUCGACACGCGAUUCAACAUGAGACCUGGUGAGAUGGGCAUGGGCCCGACAGGGUUCAGCCCGAACACGGAUCCUCGCAUGAUCCAAGCCAUCACGCAAACCAUGAUCGGCGAGUUCCUGUGGAAGUACACACGGAAGACUAUCCGCGGCGAGAUGUCCGAGAACCGGCACAGGCGGUACUUCUGGGUCCAUCCGUACACCCGGACGCUGAACUGGAGCGAUCGGGACCCGUCCACUGCCGGUCGCACGGAACUCAGGGCCAAGAGCGUUCCUAUCGAGGCGGUGAGGGUCGUGACCGACGACAACCCCAUGCCCCCUGGCUUGCACCGAAAGAGCCUGAUCAUUAUUUCUCCCGGCCGGACCAUCAAGUUCACGUGCACAACGGGCCAGCGACACGAGACGUGGUUCAACGCGCUCUCCUAUCUGCUGCUCCGGACCGACCAACAGGAUCAGCCCGAGGUCGACGAGGCCGUGGACAACAUCACUCGUGAAGAUGUCGAUGAGUUCAAUCCUCAGAGUGGCCAGCGGCGGGCGGUUGGCAACCGCCCUCGCGCGCCUCCUUCGCUCUCUUCGUACAAUUCGCGUGGAUCGCGCAACGAGUCGCCCGCGCUUGGUGUUUCCAUGAACAUCCCGACUUUGACUCCGUCGACACAGAGGCAAUCAACGACAUCAGGGAAGACGUCCACGGGGACUCUAAGCAAAUUGAGCGGCUACUGGAAAACUGGCGGCCCUCGCCUGUCCGAUACCAUCUCCAGUCUGCGUGGCCGAGGUCCUACCAAUCAGAACACGGGCAUAUACGAGGCCAGCGAGGUUCAUGACAGCGCGGAGGAUCUUCGAGAGAUGAUUGAGAGGCAGGACAGGGAAGCCCAUCGUCUCGAGAACGUCCGAGCCUGCUGUGAUGUUUGA